GGCUGUUAAUGGUCGGUAGAGACAUGUCGUUCCCUGAAGACUUCCUCUUUGGUGCGGCAACAGCUUCUUACCAGGUAGAGGGAGCCUGGGAUAAGGAUGGCAAAGGAGAGAAUAUAUGGGACCGCAUAACGCACGAAAAACCUAAUGUCAUACAGGAUGGGAGCAACGGUGAUGUUGCGUGUGAUUCGUACCACCGCUACAAGGAAGAUAUUAAAGCACUCAAGGAACUCGGGGCAAAGAUGUAUCGCUUCUCCAUCUCAUGGUCAAGGAUACUUCCGAAUGGAACAAUAACUUCAAUCAACCAAAAAGGAAUCGAUUAUUACAGAAAACUUAUAGCCGAACUUUUGGAGAACGACAUCCAGCCGAUGGUGACGAUGUACCACUGGGACCUCCCGACUCCUUUGCAAGACAUAGGUGGAUGGACAAAUCCUGCAAUUAUAGAUUAUUUUGCCGAUUAUGCGAGGGUACUUUUAACACACCUGGGAGACAAGGUAAAAUGGUGGCUUACGUUUAAUGAACCUACCCACGUUGCCAGAGGCUACUUCCAGCCAAAUUUCAUGGCUCCACAGCUGCUGCUUCACCACUUGGGUGCCGGUUAUAUGGUCACGGCCAAUAUCCUCAAGGCACACGCCCUCGUGUAUCACAUGUACGACAAAGAGUUUCGUCACAGCCAACAAGGUAAAAUCAGUCUAACGCUGCACAGCUUCUGGUACGAGCCCAUGUCCGACAGUGAAAAGGACAUAAAGGCGGCCAACACUGCCAUUAACUUUGACUUUGGAAUCUUUGCUCAUCCAAUUCUUGGAAAAGACGGAGAUUUUCCAGCAGUUGUCAAGGAAAGGGUCGAAGUUGUAAGCAAAGAAAUGGGCCUCAAAAGAUCAUUAUUGCCCCCGCUGGAUAAGGAGUGGAUCGCUCGAAUUAAAGGUACGGCAGACUUCCUGGGCGUUAACCACUACACGACGCGCCUCUGCACGCCGGGCCCUGGCGGUGUCAACAUACCUGACUCCGGGGUCAGCUUGCACAUCGACCCAGCCUGGCCUAUCGCUGCCUCAGCUUACUUAAAGGUUGUGCCCUGGGGAUUUCGCAAAAUCUUGCGAUGGAUAAAAGAUGAAUAUGGGAAUCCACCAGUAAUCGUGACAGAAAACGGCUUCUCCGACAGAGGAACAUUGAAUGAUAUCGACAGGAUAAAUUAUUAUAGAAGUUACCUGCGAGAGCUGUCGACAGCUAUUAAUGAAGAUAACUGCAAUGUCUUUGGAUAUUUGGUAUGGAGCUUGAUGGACAAUUUUGAGUGGAUUCGAGGAUACACGGAGAAGUUCGGAUUAUUCCACGUUGACUUUAAUAAGCCAGAUCGACCUCGAACACCGAAGGACUCCGUAAACUUCAUAAAGAAUGUUUUCAAAACCCACAAGUUACCAAGAGAUUAAUGAAAAAGGUUUCCACUUUGGUGUUUAUUCUUUUGAGCCCUGUCAUUCAACAAAGAACACUCAUGGGAUGAAUGGUGUCCUUUUAUGAAGUUACAUGUGAAGAAGUUUUACUGAAUAUGUCAAGGAAGUUUUGUUGUUAAAAUUUCUAAGAGAAACAGUGAAGAGUGAGAGACUUGAGAAAUAUGUGUAAUGAUCUUCUAAUGAAAUAAAUUUACGUUUUUUCCCCUUUCAAUAUAUGGGACCUCCUGUAACUUUUCACAACAUUGACUUUUUCUGUAGUAUUCAGUAGAAUAGUUUUACUUUAUAAAUUAAACUCCCUCAUUUAUGUUUUUAUUAAACACUGUUUCUUUUCUGUGUUAGAUAUACACUGCACCCCCUUACUUUUUAAUUGUAUUAUAUUAUAUUUCAUACACUGUUUCUUUCAUAGAUUCAUUUAAACUUUAUUCUUGAGAAUGUGAAAUGCACCUGCUAAACAAUAUUACACAAUAGACUACAUAUUUACAAAAGAACUUAUAUUGUAAUGUCUAUUCCACAGAUUCUAAGAGAACUUGUCUUGAAAUGUGAGGAAUUAAUCAAAAUAUUUAGACAUAUUUUAGUUUGCAAAUUACUACAAAACUUGACACAAACUUCUAUAUUCAAUAUAUGCAGUGACAGCCAAGCAGUGACAAAACAUUAAUAGUUUACAGUACUUAUUGACACAGCCCUCUUAAAGAAAUAGAUUUAUUCAACUCUGGGUACUGAAAAUGUAAUCAGUGUCAUCAAAGUUAACAUACAAAUAUUACUACAGUAUAUUAAUACAUUUACAGUAUGGUAAUUAAUUGAGCGGCUUGAGAGUACAAGUAGUAAAAGUGACAUUUCACAAUAAAAUUAUCUAAGUACACAGUUAUUAUGCUUGAUCUCUUCAGGUCAUAAGAUGUACAGAUGGUUUCCUGCAUAGUUCUGCACUCUGUGGUGUUAAAGUUUAGACUCUAAGCCAAUGCUUGGACUGCAUUUAGAGUACAACUAGUACCAGUGAAAUUGUGCAUUUUUUUAAGAAGUGCAAUAGCCUAAUGUGUAUGCGUUUAAGAUUACAUGUAGUUGUAUUUAAUGCAUAUUUAAAUAGGUCCUGUUUUGAAAUAGUGGAUAUAUGCCAUGAUGCAAAAUCAGCAUACUGAUGUGCCUGGAUUACAAAUUUCUUGAAUACUGGUAGUGCAAAGAAACACUUGCAAUAUGUAUUCGUUUCCCAAGACAGAAUGGAAGCAGUGAAAAAGGUCACCCUAAAUUUUACUAUAGUGAAAAUGGAAACAGAAUACAUUCUUUGAAUUGAAGUGUGCCAUAGCAAAGGACAAAGUUGCAAAAUACACUCAAAGAAACAUAAUAGAAUGGAGGAGUAUUAGUAGGAUCAGAAUCAGCAAAGAAAAUCCUCAAACAGUGCAGUUCAAGUAUUCACUAAAACGUGAUCUUGAGUUUAUUGAAGCGGAUUUUAGGAGGCCCAAACCUUGAUUGCUGAUCAGCACCUCUUCUGUAACAUUUGCAUGAAUUUGAGUAUGAAAUAAAAUCUGAUAAAUGUAAAAAUCUUCAGGAAAUAAAGAACUACAUCUCUCCAAUUUAUCAUGAGUUCUGUAACUAUAUAUCCCACUCCCCGACAGCAGUCAUCAUGGGUAUAAGAAGAAUUUCUCGUAUGUGUUGGAGCCACACCAGUUGCUUUUCAGUAUUUUUAUUUUAUUUGUUAUUUAACUAUUU